CUCAAGACCAUCAGCCUUGAUGAUGAUUAAUCUCAAAUCAAAGAUGAGAAAGCUGGGCCCACCUUCCUCAGAUACCGGCUCUUGGCUCUCUUUCUGAUUCCACGAACUCGUCUCUUCUGCAAUUUUUCUUCAGGCAGUUGCUUUCUCAUGAGCGUCAAGAUUUUCUCCAUACUCUUGCUUAUAUUCAAGUUAAUACUCAAUUCUCACCUUCUAAUUUGUCGAAACCUCGGUGCUUCUUUCCCGUACGAAAAUCUCUCUCCCUCAAGUCAUCAGUAAUUUGCUCUCAGUCCCCGAAGAAAUUAAUGGCUGGAAAAGUUGCUAUUGCCAAGGCUGGUGCUUCUUUUGAAUAUGAGCUUUUUGAAGGAGAUCCUGAUAAUCUUAUAACUGUCGUAGCUACGUCAAACCAGACAAGUUCAUGGGUUGAUCCUGCAACAUUGAAGCUUAGACACAGAAUUGGGAGGGGGGCCUUUGGUGAUGUUUGGUUGGCAACUCAUCAUCAAUCGACUGAAGAUUAUGAUAAGUAUCAUGAAGUUGCUGUUAAGAUGUUGUACCCAAUUAAGGAGGAUCAAAUGAGAUUUUUGUUAGACAAGUUUGAUAAUUUGUUUUCUAAAUGUCAAGGGGUAGAAAAUGUUUGUUUGCUGCAGGGAAUUUCUGUUAUCAGUGGAAAGAUAUGCAUCAUUAUGAAAUUCUAUGAGGGAUCGGUUGGUGAUAAAAUGGCCCGUCUGAAAGAGGGAAAACUCUCAUUGCCUGAUGUCUUGAGGUAUGGGAUUGAUCUUGCACAAGGAAUUCUGGAAUUGCACUCAAAAGAAAUCCUAGUUCUCAACCUUAAGCCUCAUAACAUUCUUCUUAGUGAAACUGAUAAAGCUAUUCUUGGGGAUGUCGGAAUUCCUUACCUUCUCCUCGGGAUUCCUUUGCCAAGCUCAGAUAUGACUCGUAGACUUGGAAAUCCAAACUACAUGGCUCCGGAACAAUGGCAGCCAGAAAUAAGAGGCCCAAUAUCUUUCGAGACCGAUUCCUGGGGAUUUGGGUGUACUAUCGUAGAGAUGUUGAGUGGUAUUCAACCAUGGUAUGGGAGAUCGAUGAGCGAGAUACAUGACCUUGUUGUUAGAAAGCAAGAAAAGCCACAUAUUCCCAGUGGCCUUCCUUCUUCAAUUCAGAAUAUUCUUCUUGGUUGCUUUGAGUAUGAUAUCAGGAGUCGCCCCUUAAUGACAGACAUAUUACGUGCACUGACGAGUUUGCAGAAUAAUGUUCAUGAUGAUGGUGGCUGGAGAGACCUUGGGAGCAGAAUAGUCAAAGAGAACUCUAUUAGUACUGGGUAUACGGAAUGGUUUCUCUCAAAGGAUCAUCUGCAGGUGGGUGACACAGUGCGUUCCCGAAAACCUGCUAAUUCUUGUAACCAUGAAAACAUGGAUGUCCCAGAGGGAAAAGUGGUUGGUUUAGAAAGAGAUGGUUUUGUCCUGGUGAGGGUCCAUGGCAUACAUGAUCCAUUACGAGUUCAUGUGUCAACACUCGAGCGGGUUACAAACGGCUUGGCAGCAGGAGAUUGGAUACGCUUGAAGGAGGAAGACAAGAAGCACUCACCGGUGGGUAUUCUCCACUCCAUAAAUCGUGAUGGAAGUGUUGCUGUUGGAUUCGUCGGUGUGGAGACUUUAUGGAAAGGAAAUUCAUCACAGUUUCAGAUGGCCGAAUCAUACUGUGUAGGUCAAUUUGUGAAGCUGAGAGCUAAUGUCCUCAUCCCUCAAUUUCAAUGGCCUCAUAAAACUGGUGGCGCUUGGGCUACUGGGAGAAUAUCCCAAAUCCUACCAAACGGAUGCCUUGUUAUCAAGUUUCCCGGCAGAUUGACUUUGGGGAAGGAAUCCAGCAGUUUUCUGGCAGAUCCAGCUGAGGUGGAAGUGGUUACUUUUAAUAGCUGUAGAGGGAUUGUGAUGAAGUAUCAACAUCUCGAGGAUUUCCACUGGACUGUAAGGCCUCUUUUAAUCGCACUGGGUCUAUUCACGGCCAUGAAGUUGGGACUUUUUGCCGGGAAGAAAAUAAGGAGGUCAAGGCCGAAGAAGUUGCAGAGCAGUAGUACAGUACAAAGUGAAGGACAACAUGUAGAUGUCCAAACUGCUGGCAACUCAGGAUGGUUUCAUCCAACAGUAGCAAAUCUUUUCCGAGAUGGAGUCAGCAGCUCUUCUGGUCGGUAGUUUUAAGUUUAAAGUUUGAUUCCCUUGUUUAUCUUCCUGGGGCCAGUUGACGUGCUAGAAUCAAAACCACAUUUAUUUACUUUUGCCUAAUCUAUUUGCUGGUUUAAUACAUCUUGCUGCUUUUCUAAUUUUAAGUUUCAUUAGGAUGCUGGAACAAUUGGUCAACAGAUGAUGGUUACUUGUUUCAGCCAUGCAUGUUUCAAAAAGGGUUAAAAUAAUGAUUUGUUCAUA